AUGCCGGGAGACGAGUGGAUCCGAGAUUUGCCCACUCACGUUUACUGCUCAGAGCGUGACGCUAUGUGGCUCUUGAGUGUCGGCGUGAACCACUGUUCAGACUCCAACUUGAUGUGGACUCUACCAAUUCCUCAUUUUUCCAAGUGGCAAUCACAGUACCUGACUGGUCAUCUUCUCAUUUCCGACCUGCUGCUGAGAGGAACAAAAAGUGUAGGCACAAACCAUCAGAUAAGAUUCCCGAGGACCUUGGCGUGGCUUACUCGGAUUACACAAACUGUAAGAUCUCUUGGAGUAUUUUUAUUUUCUACUUUACUAAACGUUGAGUUGGAUGAUAGUUCUUAUGUGCAAGUUUACUUUUUGGAUGAAAUAAGCAAUUUUUUCAACAAGCUUCAGACUAAAGAUUACAACAGGACUGUACAGAACUCUCUGCUAGCAGUGUUUGCACACGACCUGUACGCAGACCUGAUGCUGAGCCACAGCCCAUGUGAUCGCGAGCAGUAUUGUUUGCACGUGGCUGCCAGUCUCAUGCCAGCUGUAGUGUCCAACUUGUAUCUCGGAACCUUCCCUGCAGAUACUGACAGGGAUCUGCGGACUCAGGUUACGUCGUUGUACUCCGAACUUAAGGCAACAAUGAAAGAAAAGUUGGUAGAAGCAGAUUGGCUAGAUAACAAGACACGUAAUCAAGUUGAGAUGAAACUCAACUUCAUGUCCAUUCAACUUCCUAAAAUGUUCGAUGAAUCUUUCCUCAACACAAGUUUGGAGCAGGUAGGCUUACCUGAAGAUGCAGAAGACCACGUCCUUCUUCAGGAACCUUUUUCUAAGUGUAACCUAAACAAGAAGCACUACCUGGAAGACUCUGUUUGUCUUGUGAGACAAUACCAGACUCUACUCUACUCCCGAUAUACCCUGGACCCUGACUCUGUAGAUGUCAUGUGGCCACACUUUUUGACGGCAUUCUCUACACAUUCUGCAUAUAUAUAUGGUCUAAAUACUUUCAUGAUCCCUCUGGCUGUGGUGGGUCCUGUGUAUGAUAGCCAGUUACCCCGACAUGUUGUAAUGGCAAGGCUGGGGAAUAUUCUGGCUCGAGGCUUAGGGCACAACUUCGACUAUACAGGGAUCAAAUUUGAUGCAACAGGCAAGAUCGGAGUCAUGCUAUCUGAAGCCACCAAUCCUUCGUAUACUACUGUUGUGGACAACAGUAACUCGCAAUUUAACUGGACCAAAUCACACAGAGAAAACAGUCAGUUGUAUUCGUACCAGUUACAACCUGGAUUAACUCUCAACCAACGCCUGUCUGACAUCACUGCUGCCAACCUCUCACUCUCCACCAUCGUUGAGCUACAAGACACUAAACUACCUUUGGUACCCUUCAACUCCAGACAGGUCUACUUCAUCUCCCUGGCUCAGACUUUUUGUUCAAAGAAGAAAAUGCCUGAAGUUUUCAUGACUUUGUACGAAGGAACAACAUUAUUGCCAUUUGACAGGAUCAUGAACCUGGUGUCCAACUCUGAGCAGUUUGCUGUAGCAUUUUCAUGCGCUCUGGGUGCCAACAUGCAUCCUGAAUUCAAGGUCAGACCUUUCCCUUUGUUCGAGAAAGUGGAAAACAAAGUCAUCUAAUAUGGACUUUUACACAUUAUUCCAUCAUGAACUCCUUUUAUUACAUUUAUACUGUAAGUACUUUCUUAUAAAAUAUUUGAAACCUUUUAAACAUACUUUUUCAAUUUAUCGAUUAGUGUAUAAAUUCUUCAGUUUGGUUGUGAUUAGGAAGUGAAAAUAAUUCUUACAGCAUUGAUUUUUAAAACACCAUUGUGCAUAAAUGUGUAGAUUAGUUCAAUAUUUAAGUGACCUUAUCCAACGUAUUCCUGACACACAUUUUCAUUGGAUUUCAGUCAAAACAACAAAGUACAGUUAGCAGAAACCCAAAGCUUGUGAUUGUGGUCACUUUCAACAAAUAUGUGCCAAAGUUCAUUUUGUUAGUGUUGUUAGUAAAUUUGACACUAUUGAACUAUUUACUGUUAUAGAAGUUAUAAUUAACUACUGCAGUUAAAUGUUUUAAAACUGUCAAUAUUUUGGAUUUAAUUAUUACAGCAAAUAAUUAGGUUUGAAAUUUUUAGCAACAAGAUGAACUUUAUCUUGGCCAUGCGUAAAAGAAACUUUGCUAAAAUAUUUUAGAUAGCAGAGAAUUCAAGUUUAAUAACGGCAAAUCUAAGAGAAAUAUAACAUAGGCCUAUAGUAAAACAAACAGUGGAAAGAGUAAUGAUUAAAUAUGUUAAUUAUUAGUAAAUCAUGAGUUGGUGCAGUUAAACAAAAUGAAAAUAGUAUCUGGAAAGUCAUAAUACAGAUUUUUAAAACUGAAAAACAAGUUGUCUGUAGACUGUUCUGGACCAUUAAAAAGUUGUGUAUUUUAUCAUGGAUUAUUAGACAGUUGGUUCAAGUGAAAAACACAUGAUAUUCAUGAAAAGAUUUUUAUUACUAAUUGACAAACUUCUUUACUAUGUUGUAUUUACAAACAUAUAAAUACAAAUUUUAUAUUGUCAUAUACUUAUAAACCCCUUUUUACCACAAUAAAACCUUACUGAAGUAUAAAUUUCACCAUGUAAACUGACAUUUUAUUAAUAAAAUAUAUCACGUUUGUGUAUUUAUAAACUGAUAUGUAAAUGAAUAUAUUGUAUCAUAUUAUUAUGAAGAGAUUAUUAGGUAUACUUUUCUUUUUUAUGAUGUCAGCUUAAUAAAAUCUCAUUACAAGAAAAAGAGAAAAAUUAAUUGAUAAGAAAUAGUUCUCCAUGUAUUUCCAUUGCAUAUUAAUAAAGCAUUGUACCAAGAUUUUGUUAUCUAUUAAAUUAUUCCAUUGUUGUAAAAAUUAAAAGUUUAUAAUUAAUACAAGAAAUACAACUUUUGUUUAGCUGUUCAAGUAAACUUGUUGUGUAUUUUUGAACUCUAUAAAAAUACCAUUAUUUUAAAAUAAUGUUUAAAAACUGAUUGAUAUGUUAGAAAAUUAUUUAAAAAAUGAUCAGUAUACUCUAAUCAAAAUGUAUAUUAAUAGGCCUUACAUAUAAGAAAUUCCCAAUUUAGUUACUUCAUGUAAAACUGACCUUUAUUUCAUAAGUCAAUAGAGCUGUAGAAUGUUUAAGUGAUGUAUAGAUUUGUAAAACAAAGACCAUAUAGUUUGAAUAAUAAAACACUAUGAGCCAUUGCUA